CUUUUUAAAAAUAAAUUUUGAUAUCUCAAUUCUUUAUAAUUUACCAAUAAACAAGUACUCCCGUAUUCCUUUAAUAUGGUCCCUCUAUAUCGCAACUUUCUCUGUAAAAUGUCAAAAACAUAUGAUUCAAUUUUUAUUUUCUAAUUUUUGGAACACCUACAUACAUUUACACGCACAUUUAGUAAAAAAAGUAAACAUGCUCUUUGUUUGUUUACUAAAGAAAUAAACAUGGAACCAAGUUGUUUCUAAAUGGCAAAUUUUUGUUUAAUUUGCAUAGGUUCAAAAUGCUUUUAGAAAAAGCUAUUUAUGCUGGAUUGUGUGGUGCAAUUGGAAGUGUUUUUGGAAAAUACAUAACUUAUUCUUUUGAUACUAUUAUAUGGUCUUAUUUUCUUCAAAUACUUUGUUUAGUAUUAAUGAUACUUUUCAAUACAUUGAAUAUGAGAUUUUUUGUGAACAGCCUCCAGGAAUCGAAUAAUUCUUUAUCGCCUACAGUCACAUCUUUUGCAGCAAAUUUUUUCUUUUCUUUUGCAUUUGGUGUAUUUAUAUUUAAAGAGAAAACAUCGUUUAUAUCUGUUUUGGGGAUUAUUUUGAUCAUUUUUGGAUUAUACUAUUUGUGCGAUACAAAACAUAAAAAUGAAGGAGUUAUUACACAUGAAGGAACCAAAAAUAAAUUGCAUUGACCCCAGUUAGACGCCAAAUUAUUCCUAAAUAUUCAAAAUUUAUCUCACAAUUUUAGAGAUCUAAGAACUUAUCUAAGGCUUAUUUCAAUUAUAAUGUAUUGAUUCUGUAAGAUUAAAAAAAUUUAAACGAAUUAAAUAUAUGUAUGCAUAUGAGAGCUUCUUAACAAAAUUUGUGUUCAUUUUGGUAGUUGGAGCUUCAAUAACUAGAAAAAAAAUUAAUUCAGCAUGUAUUCCAUAAACCGUAAUAUGGUUUCAGCUAAAAAACGAACCACCUCAAAUAUGAAGAGAGAAUACACUACAAUAUCUAAGUUCAAAACAAAUUUACAAGAUGUUCCUAAAGCGAUGUCAGUCUUCGUUAAUUAAAUUAUCGCUUAUAAAUUAAAGUUGACGCAAAUGUUGUUUAUUUCAUAUUUUGAAUAAAUUUAUUCUU